AUAUUACAAGUAGAGAUGGCGCUGAGUGGAGUGAUAGUAUGUAUUUUGGGUUUGGCAUUGUCUAGUUUGAGCGUCAAUGGUCGGCCUGCGACCUUCAGUCAGGACUUCAGAGUCGCAUGGGCCGAUUCCCACGUUCGCCAAUUGGAUGGCGGCAGAGCCAUUCAGCUCACUCUUGAUCAAUCCUCUGGCUGCGGGUUCGCCUCCAAGAACCAAUAUCUGUUCGGACGUGUGAGCAUGAAGAUCAAGCUCGUCCCCGGUGACUCUGCUGGAACCGUCACCGCCUUCUAUAUGAUAUCAGACCAAUUCAACGUCCGCGAUGAGCUGGACUUUGAGUUCUUGGGAAACCGGUCGGGACAGCCCUACACCGUUCAAACCAAUGUGUACGCCCAUGGUAAAGGUGACAAGGAGCAACGGAUCAAUCUCUGGUUCGACCCCUCUCUUGAUUUCCACACUUACACCAUCUUUUGGAACCAUCACCACAUCAUAUUCUCUGUGGAUGAAGUGCCAAUAAGAGUGUACAAAAACAAUGAGAGAAGAGGAAUUCCAUACCCAAAAUUCCAACCAAUGGGAGUCUACUCCACUCUAUGGGAGGCCGACGACUGGGCCACCAGAGGCGGCCUGGAGAAGAUCAACUGGAGCAAGGCCCCAUUCUACGCUUACUACAAAGACUUCGACAUCGAAGGCUGUCAGGUUCCGGGGCCAGCUACCUGCGCCUCCAACCCCAGAAACUGGUGGGAGGGCGCAGCCUAUCAGCAGCUCACCCCGGAAGCUGCCAGGCGCUACCGCUGGGUGCGCACCAACCACAUGAUCUACGACUACUGCACCGACAGGUCGCGCUUCCCUGUCGUCCCACCCGAAUGUCUCGCCGGAAUAUGAUCAUAUAUAUGCUUCAUUCUCUAUGUUAUACUAUAAAGCAAGCUAAGUGUGGGUUUAUUUGUUUGGUAUUGAGUUUCUUGUAAUGUGUAUAUCUUGUAAUAUGGGAUUGGGAAGCUGAUGUCGGUGUAAUUCUUGAAAGCGAUAUGUUUUUUUUUUGCGUGAUGGUAUUAUCAAGAAAGCCGUUAUUCUUUCUUGAAUUAUAUUCAUUUCCAUUAUUAUAUACUAUUGUCUUAUGAUAUGGAAGAUUUUUAUUUGGGAUA